AUGCUACCGAAACCGUUUCUCUUCCCGGCUCUCCUAAUCCAUAGCAGCUAUUCCCUCCUCAAAGCCGCAGCUAUCAGCUUCCCCUCCCAACCCGGCGUCUCCGCCCUUUCAUCACCAGAAUCAAGCAACGAGACUUCAAAAAUUCCUAAUCAAUUACCCUACACCGGCACCAACCCCUACUGCAGCGCCUCAAUAAUCUGGACCGGCCUCAACACCCUCGACUCCCACUUCCAGCGAGACUGUCGCGCCGCAACGGACAAGUUCGAAGACUUCGUCGCUUCUUGCCCGAACCCGAACACUCGAUAUGAAUUUCUAGAUCCUCGCACGCAGCCGAUGCAACGCUUGCCAAAGAUGGAGACGCCGCGGAGAUAUGUUACUCGAAUCGGUCGCUGCACCGUAGCGAUUGUGAACCUCGUUGAUUUCCCCGCCGAGUACUUGCCGACGCAGAGAUCGGGGCCUUUCCGCAAGACGGACGUGGACUCGUAUGAAGGCCUUGCUAUGGCCGUGACGGAGAUGUACACGUCCUGCCUGCCGCAUAGCCUCGGGUGGGCGGCUGUAGGUGAGGCUAGUUCGCUAGGUGUGUUUAUCUUCGCAACGGGGUCUUUAGUCGAUCAGAAGAUUGAGAAGGGUUUCCCCCCGGUAGGAUAUCUGGGCUCGGCUGCGGAGAGUGUUGGGGCGAUCGAUGUUCCCGCGUAUGAGGAUAUGAGAUUUCUUGUCAUCUAUUCAUUGCCAGACGAAGACAUCAACGUCCUCUUGGGAAACGAUCACUUGAGCGAGGCAACACUCAAAGAUCAGGAUGUUCUGGGGCCUCCGAUUUCUAAGGCGACAGGUUAUGGAGUGACCUACAUGACUAGAUGGAUCGCAGGCGCACGAGACUUCAGGAGGCAUGUAGCUCCAGAGGGAGCCAUCCGCGCCGUAAUGGCUACGAACGUCGUCUUAGACACCACCAUGGGCUCCAUAACCCUCGAACUCUACAACAACCAUGCCCCCAAGACCUGCAACAACUUCUCCACCCUCGCCCAACGCGGCUACUACAACAAUGUCAUCUUCCACCGCGUAAUCCCAAAUUUCAUGCUGCAGACCGGCGAUCCCACCGGUACCGGGCGUGGUGGGACGUCAAUAUAUGGCGACAAGUUCGAAGAUGAGAUAGAUCCGGGAUUGAAGCAUACAGGGGCCGGGAUUUUGAGCAUGGCGAACAGUGGGAAGAAUACGAACGGGAGUCAAUUCUUCAUUACUUUGGCGCCGACACCGUGGCUGGAUGGGAAGCAUACGAUUUUUGGGAGGGUAAAGAGUGGGUUGAGGGUUGUGCAGAGGAUGGGGCUUGUGAAGACGGGGCCGGAGGAUAGGCCGGUGGAUCAGGUCAAAAUUAUAAGAGCUAAGGUUGUUGAAGAGGGCGAAGAGGGUAUCUAG